AUGGCACCAAAGAAAAGAGUUGCAACUGAAGAUCCAGUACCGAAAUCUUCAAAGAAAGGUCGUAAACAUGAUGUCUUCGAAUCUCAGGAUAUUUGGAAGAAUUUAGACAGAAUUAGAACUCAAAAUGCGAAAGCGGGAAGUAUCAUACCGAAUAGUUACUUAUUCGUACCCAUCUUUAGCGAUCCAGGUGAUUAUGAGCUCUGUAUUAAUGCAUUACACGAAUUCGUCGAUUCUGGCAAGUUAAAACUACAAUCGUGUGAUGACUGUGUUAUACCCGGCUAUGUGUGCCUGCAAGAUUUUAGCCUUAUGGACUGUAGUCUAGUGCUUUCAAUUUUAUUUGGAUACAAGAAUAAGAAAUGGAUCUCACCCAAUAAUUCCAAGGAUUUUUUUACCAUACCCAAAGGUCUCAACGUUUCAGGAACUUUCUACCUACCGUCAAGCUGUACCGGUUACAAUGUCCGUACUGUUCCCACUUUACGUGAGUCUCAAUUUCAAACUCAUUACAAUUUUAAGGAAUACUACAUCAGUUCAACGAGCCUUUCACAGAUUGUUCAGAGUCUAGUGACCUUCUUUCAUAGCAUCAAAUUUGGUAAAUCUAGCAAGGUUACCUCAUCCUGCUUCUCGAAAGCUUUGAAUCAAAUUUACCAAACGAUGGAUUUAGGCGUAAAGGAACUACCAUUUUUGGGAGAAGCUCUUUACAAUCCUACAAAUUUAACUAAAAUUAAUUUACCAUCCAUUGAAAAAUCCAAGAAUAAUCUACAAAGUUACGCCCAAAAGUUGAUCAAGUACAAUGCUGCAUUAGAACCAUCAUCGUCAUCAUCAAGCAAAAACGAAAAGCAGACAACAUCUACACAUUCCACCACUAGACAAAAUACACCUAGUCGAACCAAUAGCGGUACUGGCAGCAGCGUUAAUACUACUACUCACGGAUCCAGACCCAAUUUCAUGACACAGGACCAAAUCAAGCAACACUGUGUUGCAACUAUCAAGGCAUCACAAGAAGUAGUCAAAGCUAAAUCACCCUACCAAAUCCUAAAGACCUAUGUCAAAUGCCCACGACAAGGCUACAUCGAUAAAGUUUACCAGAAUUUAAACGAUUUACGUGCUCAAACCAAUUGUAACAUAGUGGUUUUAAAUCUAAACAAUUUGCAUGAAUCUCGGCCUUGGUUUGACUCGUUAAACGUAUCGAACUUUACCACUUAUGCCCAACAACCUCAUCCCUCUACGGUCAGGGUGGUAAGUAUUGGUGGUAUCGGUGAGCACGUCCAAAAGGCUCUUGAGCUUAUCUACAAAAUUCUACUACAGGAAAACGUACAUGUGUAA